GGGAGAAGGUACUUAGAGGGACUUGACUCUCCUCUUAGUGGACUCCUCUGCUCUGCUGAACCUCUCUCUCUCUAUACUCCCCUCUCUUUUUCUGUGCGACUCCUUUUCCUCUCAAAAUGGCCAGGUCCAUGCGAUCCAGUAGAACCGUGACCACCAGCUAUGGGUCUCUUGGCAGCAGCGGCGGCAGUCUCGUUGGCGGCCUCGUCAGCGGCCGAGGUGGUGGCAGCAGACAGGGCUUUAGCUCCAGCUCUGCAAUUGUAUACAGGUCGACACCAGUGAUGGCCUCUAGCUCCUCAAUGCUUAGAUCAAGCAUGGGUGGUGGUGGUGGUGCUGGAAGUUUCGGCAUGAGUUCUGUCAGUGGAGGAGGUUAUGCGAUGGGCUCAAGUGGAUUGGGAUCUGGCGGAGGUUAUGGUAUGGUGGUGCCUCCAAUUACCAACGUCCAAGUCAACCAGAGCCUGCUGGCUCCCCUGGACAUUAAGAUCGAUCCCAGCAUCCAGACGGUGCGUCUCCAAGAGAAGGACCAGAUCAAGAGUCUGAACAACCGCUUUGCAGGCUUCAUUGACAAGGUGUGCUUCCUGGAGCAGCAGAACAAAAUGCUGGAGACCAAAUGGCAACUGCUGCAGGAUCAGACCGCCACCCGCUCAAACAUCGAUGGCAUGUUUGAAGCCUACAUCGCCAACCUGCGGAGGCAUCUGGACGGACUUGGCAAUGAGAAGAUCAAGCUAGAAUCAGAGUUAAAGAACAUGCAGGGAAUUGUGGAGGACUUCAAGUGCAAAUAUGAGGAUGAAAUCACCAAGCGUGGUAACCUGGAGAAUGAGUUUGUUCUCAUUAAGAAGGAGGUUGAUAAUGCCUACAUGGGAAAGAUUGACCUUGAGGCACAAAUCGAUAGUCUUCAGGAUGAGAUUAACUUCCUCAGGGCGAUCUACGACGCAGAGCUGCGUGAGCUCCAGAGCCAGAUCAAGGACACUUCAGUCAUUGUGGAGAUGGACAACAGCCGCAAGCUGGACAUGGACGCCAUCAUUGCAGAAGUGAAGUCUCAGUACGAGGACAUCGCCAACCGCAGCCGUGUUGACACAGAAGCAUGGUAUCAGCAGAAGUAUCAGGACAUGGAGGCCUCUGCUGGCCAGUAUGGAGAUGACCUCCGCAGCACCAAGAACGAGAUCGCAGAACUGAACCGUCUGAUUAGCCGACUCCAGAACGAGAUUGACGCAGUCAAGGCUCAGCGUGCCAACCUGGAGGCUCAGAUCGCAGAGGCCGAGGAGCGUGGCGAGCUGGCGGUGAAGGACGCCAAAGCCCGCAUCAAGGACCUGGAGGAUGCCCUGCAGAGAGCUAAACAGGACAUGGCCCGCCAGAUCCGGGAAUACCAGGAACUCAUGAACAUCAAGCUCACUCUCGACAUUGAGAUCGCCACCUACAGGAAACUGCUGGAGGGCGAGGAGCAGAGGAUUGGUGCAGGCGGGGCAAAUGCAACCAUCCACAUACAAACCUCAGGAUCGAGCAGCAGCGGUUAUGGUGGCGCUGGCGCAGGAGGUGGCAUGAGCAUUGGAGGGGGCAUGGGCUCUGGGGGUGGCAUGGGCAUGAGCUACAGCAGCAACAUGGCUGGUGGCUACGGUGGCUACGGCGGCAUGGGCACCGGCGGCAGCAGCAGCACCAUGAUGACGUCAAGAACCAGCCUCUCUCGCCACUGAAACAGCCCAUUUUGUCUCUCCUGUUCCCUAUCAGGCCACUACUCAAUAAACCUUCCAUAGCUUACAUAGCAUACAUUCUUCAUAUAGAUGCAUUUCCUGUUCUUUGUAGUUCUGUAGCCCUUAUUUUUGAGCAGCACACUUUCAGAGUCAGAGGUUCCAUCCAUCAAGCAGAGGUUGAGUCAUGAUAACACAAAUCAGUCCUCUCUUGUACUCGUGGCUGUCUUUUAGUUGCAAGACACACUGUCCUGUAGACAAGAGCUUAACUGUAGUAUCAGGACAGAGGAUACCCUGCAAUGCAACUAGUCAUCACACAAACAACAAACAUGUUACACAUAAAGAGGUCCUAAUAAAAUGAAAUCACUGCAUGGUGCUCUUUUGUUAAGGCUUACAUGUUAGCAUGUACGAGGCAGUCACACACAGUACAUCACUAUUUCUGCUAAAAGUUCUACAUGCAGCACACAUGCGGCUGUUGUUUUGUCUGCUUUACUCUGAAUGGAAAAUAAACAUUGUUCUCAAUUAAAUCUGGAAUAAAGCUGACUUUCAAUGUG